CUUAUGACUGUAGUAACUAACUGUCAAUGUCUCUACAGUAGUACAGUGAGUCGGAAUGUGAGCUACGGCGUGAUGUUCGAUGAGAGAAGUUAAUUCCUUUUCUAAAUUUAGGGUUUCUCUUCAUCGAGAUGUUUCUUUUAAAUGAUAUUCUUCUUCUUUCAGUAAUGGAAUAAUAGCUUCUGUACGAAAGAUCUUUCUGGCAUUUGAAUCUGAUUGUUUUCCGUUUAAAGAUGAGAACUUUGAUGAAUUCUGCUGCUACAAUGAGAGCUGUGAAGAAGGAGUUUAUUGUAAUAGACUUAGAUGCUGAUAAAGAUGAAGAUGUUCGUUGUGGUAAAGUGAAAGAAGAGUAUAUGAUGGAUGCUGGCAAAACUAAUCCUUCCAACAUCCAACAGGUUGUUUCUGCUGUUGCUUCUGAUGAUGAUGGUGAUGAUGAUGAUGACUGGGGUACCAAAAUGGAUUAUCAGUAUAUAAAGUUGUUGGAUAGUUUCAGAGAAGAUGGAAGUUUAAAUCUGAGUGACAAUCCACUAAGGUCUAUUAGGUAUGAAGUAGAUAAUGGUGGAUAUGACAAGCGGGAGUUUAAAGCAGUGUUUACAAAUAAGCGGAGUAGAGAAGAUCGAAACACUAUUCGUGUAACCAAGAAGAAUGUUGAGCCAAAGCCUCCUCAUGUUCAAGCAAGUACAGAGAAGGUAACAAAAGAAGCCGGUUUCAAAUUAAGGCGAAGAGAGAGUCUUGUGAGUCAGAAGAGUGUUGAAGCAAUGCUUAUUACAAGUCAUGUGAGAAGAAACUCCCAACACAAUAAUGGCGACGCUAGCGAGAAGGAGAAUUUUGAGGAUGACAUUGUAUUGGAUGAGGUUUACAGAUCUUAUCUCAAACGGUUAGUGGAAAAUUCGAAAAGUUCAAGAACUAAUCCUGAAAAAGAGAUAAAAGUAAAGUGUGAGGAGGAUCAUACAGUGUCUUUGUCUGAUUCUGAUUCUGAUAUUAUUGUGGUUGGAGAUUGUCCGUUUCUGGAAGAAGAGGAUUCUCCAUUUGUGCCAUCAAAAAGUUAUAAAGUGAUUGAUUUGGAUGAAGAGAGCAGUGAUCAACGCAAUUCUUGGUUUAGGAGGGAGAUAAUGAAUGUUCUGAAGCAGCCAUACACUGUAACAGAGCUCAAGGAACUUCACAAGGAAGCAUCAGUGCAUGGAGUGUCAUCCAGACAUAUAGAACUACGAGAUGGAACAGAGUUUAGCUUUCCAACGAACAAAAAGAAACCUUCAUAUCUCGAUAGGUAUCCAGGUACGUUACCAGGUGGAGUGCUUUGCUUAGCUUAUCUUCUUGAAACGAUAUCAUAAAAUUAAUAAAUUGAUAUGCUAAAUUGAAAAGGCUUGUUUCUGAUUCCAUACACGAAGAAACUUCGAAUUGGAUCUCUUAGAAUGUUAGGGAAAGUGUUGUUUCAUAUUAAGUUGUGGUUUGGUUUGAUUCCACAGACUUCAAAAAGCAGUACCUUGACUCUUUGCGUGAAAAGGAUGAGCGUAAAGCUCUGAACCUGUUGCGCGGGUUUAUCUUUUAUAUAACGAAUGUGGUUCGUGAUGAUGCAUUCAAACCGUGGCUCGAUCAAGAAUGUUUGAAGAUCAGAUGUGUCUGACAAAAGAGUAUCAGCACUUGGAGUUCUGACAGAAGACUACUAAUUAGGAGAUGUAAGACCUUUGUUUCAUGAAAUAAGUUUGGACAAGAUUUGCAUUUGUGUAAAAUUAGCCUCACCAUUGUGUAGUAGUUCAUGACUCAAGACUGGCCCAGUGGCUUCAGGUUCUAUGAUGUGAUUAUCUCUUCCAUGUCCUUAAGUGCAUUGUAGAGAGCUUCCAAGCGGACUUAUUAGAAGGAACAACAAAAACAAUUAAUCCAAUUUAAGACCUUUGACCCAACAACUCAAUCAAACCUUCUCAGUAAGUUAGAGGAUGUUGAAGUCUU